CCAUUUGUGUUUGCCCUGUUGGUUUUACAUUUUAUUGAACACUGUCAACCCCUCCCCUCCUGCCCAUUUUACCGGCAACAAAUGAGAGGUAGGUGUUGACAGAGGAAGUGGGGCAUUCACAAAGAGGAACCAAGCAAAGACACGCAACAACAAUCAAGAAAGAUACAGAAGAAAAAAAUAGGGACAAGAGACUGAAAGUAAAAAAGAAGCGAUGCGAGCAUGGAGAUACUUUUCCUCCUGGUGGCCUUCUUCAUGCAAGGGCAAGCAAACACAAAGGGUGAAUUCACCGGAGUAUCUGGGGAGAACAUUACAAUAACAUGCUGUAACGACAACUCCAUAUCUGAUCUUGUCAAAUACUUUUGCAAGAGAAACUGUAGAUAUGAUGACGAUGUCCUCAUAAAAAGCAGGGGCAAAAUGCAGUUUUCAAAUAAGAAAUACAGCAUAAUUGACAGGAGAUGGAUGUUCAGUGUGACAAUCUUUCACCUGACAAAGGACGAUGCUGGCACCUACUGGUGUGGAUGGGAAAGAUUUGGUCUUGAUAUUUACAAAAAAGUUGUCCUGACUGUCACACAAGUGUCAAAGAAUGGAAACGAGAAGGAAACUACUAAUAGCUACAGAAAUGGUGUAACUGAGGAACCCAAGACAGAAAAGCCCACAACAGAGUCACUUGAGCAUGUUCAUCCAGAAACUUCAUACUCUAUGAACCCAGUGUAUAUCGGAGCAAGCCUCGGAGUGAUCAUCCUCGCCCUGGCAAUAGUCCUUGUCAUCUACUUUAGACAGAAAAGAGCGAACAGUAGCACACAUCGUGGAAAGGAAACGGGCAAAACCCUAACCUAUGCGACCGUUACCGAAGAAAAGCUGAAAUCAUCUGGGGCCCCCCCCUCAUCUGGGGCUCAGAGCCAGGAGAGCAACAAGGGCGACUCACUGAAUCUCCCAGAGAGUCUCCAUUAUUCCACUCUGAACUACAACAACCACAUUGAGAACAGGAGGGACUAUAAGCAGCCGACAAAUUUGACAUACUCCACCAUUAAACUCAUAGAUGCAUCGGCAGUGUAUUGCAAUGUCUGAACAAAGGUAAACUAUAGGUCAUUGUGUUCUAAUAUCAAUGAGACACAGGAGUGGGAUUAAAUAUAAUUUCUCAACCCACUCCUUUUUGUUUGCUGUUUUUGUUCUGUUAGGAUUUUUGUCAUACUUUCUUUGCUAUUCACACAAUUUUGUAACCAAGAUCUGUAUUUAUGCUACACUGUGAAAAGAAACAUGUCCACCCAUAAAAUAUAUAAAUAAAAUUAAACUAAAUUAAAACACAGAACACUCUGCCAGUGAGCCAAAGUUGCAUUCAUUAUGAGUUCCCUUUCUGACAAAGC